AUGGAUCUUCAGAAUAUCUUAGGUGAGAAUCAAUUACACGAUCAUCAUAAUUCAUCCAACAACUUUCAUCAUCGUUAUCGUCAUCCUGUUGCACAUCCUUUAUUGAGAAAUCAUAACAACAAUAUGAAUAAUUAUUCUCGAAGUAGACACAGUUUCACAACAUAUCAAGUUAAUGUGGAAGCAACAAAUAUCAGGCCACAUAUAACAAUUCAGAAUAUCUUAGGUGGGAAUCAAUUACACGAUCAUCACAAUUCAUCCAACAACUUUCAUUAUCGUUAUCAUCAUCCUGUUGCACAUCCUUUAUCUCGAGUGAGAAACCAUAACAACAAUAUGAAUAACUAUUCUCGAAGUAGACACACUUCAACAACAUAUCAAGCUAAUGUGGAAACGACGAAUCUCAGGCCACAUAUAACAAUUCACCCUGCAGAUGAAGUUGCCAUACUCAACAUUGAUGAAGUGGACAUUAAUCCAAUUGUUGUUGAUGAUUAUCAUAUGCACAUGGACAUGGCUAUAAGGGAGAGUUUUGGAUUGGUUCAAGGGACCGACAGAUAUCUUCGAAUUGCAUCACAUUUGCCUCGAGUAAGAAACCAUAAUUCUCAACUACCACCAACUUUAGACAUUGACCACAUGUCUUAUGAGGAGCUGCUUCUGUUGAGGGAAUUAAUCCCUUGUGUUGAAACCGGUCUAUCCGAAGAAAACUUGAAUCUUAGAAUACAAACACAUCCAUUUCUUGAGUCGCAACUAUCUUCUUCUAGUAAUGGAACUAAUCACUUUUGUGUUAUAUGCCAGGAAAAAUAUAAGGAAUACGAAAAAAUUGGAAGUCUUGACUGUGAACACGAGUAUCAUGUUGAUUGCAUAAAGAGUUGGCUAAAGAUUAACAACAUUUGCCCAAUUUGCAAAUCUUCGGGGUCAACAAAAACGGAAGAAAAUUAA